GGCAGCUCCAGGCGCGAGCUUUAUUCUCGCGUUGGCAGUUCGACUCUGGAAUUAUGAACAGAGCUGGUCAAACCUACACGCUGUUCUGAAUUUAUAGCGAAAGAAUUAAGACGAUGGAGCUCGGAACCCGCAUCCUGUUAACCUUCCUCGUAUCUCAGGUGGUCCGAACCGGAGCCCAGGAAGACACGGACACGGCCUGCAUACCUGGCUUCCAGGUGAAGGAGUACCAGGUGCAGUAUGACGGAGGGUUCCGGAAGGAGGAGCCUCUUCUGAAAGUGCUGUUCGAUGACUGCGUGGGGAACGAGGGCGUGAGGUUCGAGGUUUCGCACCCGGACUUCGCGGUGGAUGGGGAGAGCAGGCUGGUGGCGCGGCAGGAUGUGUUGGACUCCGGGACAGUCCUGUUCGUCCAUGGGCAGAACGGACACGCAGACGAUAUGGCACAGGUGGACAUCCUCGGAGCCCCGCCCCGAUCUCCACAGACCCUCCGGGAGAUUUUGGGUCUGGGGCAGGUGCCAUAUCGGUCUAAGAGGUCUCUCCUGGUGCCUCCGAUGUUUGUACCAGAGAACCAGCGAGCCCCGUUUCCCAGAACCAUCGGCAUGUCGCAUGUGAUUUCGGCUGACAUGCAAGAGAAUCACAUCUUCCGUCUCACAGGGAAGGGGGCGGAUCAGGACCCCCGGGGCGUGUUCAGCAUCAACAAGGUGACGGGAGAGGUCAGCGUGAGCCGCUCCCUGGACAGAGAGGCCAUCGCUGUCUACCAUCUGCAGGUAUCCACCGCAGACCUGAGUGGGAAGGUGGUGGAGGGUCCCGUCCCGCUGGACGUGUCAGUGAUCGAUCAGAACGACAACAGACCCAUCUUCACAGAGCCUCGAUACGCCGGGGAGGUGCUGGAGGGAUCACCCACAGGAACCACGGUGAUGACGAUGACAGCAUCUGAUGCAGACGACCCCAACACAGACAAUGCAGUUCUGCGUUACAUCAUCGUCAGACAGUCGCCCGACAAGCCCUCGCCCAACAUGUUCUACAUCGACCCAGAGAAAGGCGACAUCGUCACUGUGAUCUCACCCAAGCAGCUCGACAGAGAGACCCUGCCCACCACGCAGUAUGAGCUGGAGAUCAUGGCCAAGGACAUGGCAGGAAGUGAUGUGGGUCUGACAGGGACGGCCACCGCCACCAUCACCAUCACCGACAAGAAUGACCACGCCCCCGAAUUCACCCACUCGCUGUUCCAGGCGACCGUGAACGAGGGUUCGACGGGGGUCGUGUUGAACCUGACGGUGGAUGACCGGGACGACCCGGCAACAGGGGCCUGGCGCGCGGUGUACUCCAUCAUCAAUGGCAACACUGGCCAAAGCUUUGAGAUCCACACCAACCCCGACAACAACGAGGGGAUGCUGUCUGUGGUGAAGCCAUUGGACUAUGAGGGCACAGCAUUCCACACUCUGCUCAUUAAGGUGGAGAACGAGGACCCCCUGGUGCCCGACGUGGGGUACGGGCCCAGCUCCACCGCCACGGUGCAUGUUACGGUGCUGGAUGUGAACGAAGGCCCGGUGUUCUUCCCCGACCCGAUGGCUGUCACCAAACGGGAAAACGUGCCUGUGGGCAGCUUUGUGGCCACGCUCAACGCCACCGACCCCGACCUUCUGCAGACACAGACCAUCAGGUUUGCGGUGCUGAAGGAUCCUGCCGGCUGGCUCAGUGUUCAUCCAGUCAAAGGCACGGUCAACACGACCGCUAUCCUGGACCGCGAGUCAAACUUUGUCCAUGAAAACACAUACAGUGCGAUCUUCGCGGCCACAGACAACGGUAGCCCCCCUGCCACAGGAACAGGUACGCUGCUCAUCACGCUGGAGGACGACAACGAUAACGCCCCGUACGUGUCUCCCACCGUGGCCCGGGUGUGUGAGGACGCCAAGGACCUGAACGUGAUGGUGGUGGGUGGCCAGGACAAGGAUAUCAGCCCCAACGCUGCCCCCUUCAGGAUCGAGCUGGGAAAACAGCCAGGCCUGGAAAAGACAUGGAAGGUCACCAGGGUUAACAGUACGCACUCCCAGGUCACACUGCUGCAUAAUCUGAAGCGAGCCAACUAUAACCUCCCCCUGCUGGUGACCGACUCCGGGGUGCCCCCCCUCUCCAACAGCACCGACAUCAAGGUCCAGGUGUGCACCUGCAAGAAAAGCAAGAUGGACUGCAGCAGGGCCAGCUCGGCCGGGUCCAGCCUGCUGCUGCUCGGCCUGCUCCUUCUCUCCUCCCUCUGCCUGUAAAUCCUUCUCUCGUGACACUGAAGAAACACACAUGCACACCCCUCUCCACCACACGCACGCAAUCAAAAGAGGACAAGGAGAGAAAAGAAGACUCCUCAGCAUAAGAAACAUUAAAGUAGAUAUUUGAUCAUUACAGCCAGCCUUCUGAAGGGCGCUGUAUGGAGAAUACCAGUCUGCUCUCCAAGUAAACCUCUUUGCUUUGCACUCCACUGUUCUCUCCCUCUAUCUCUCCCUCCCUCAUUUCUCAGCCUCUUCCUGUCCCUCCUUCUCUGUC